AAGAGAAAGUUCUGGAAAAGGCAAAAGCAUGCAACUCUCAAGAGCAAUAGGACUCUUCCAUGGAAACAUCUUCUUAUUAAGUGCCACAGUAGGGGCAGGAAUAUUUAUAUCUCCUAAGGGAGUACUGAGUUGCUGCUUGCUGAACAUUCCUGUCUCCUUAGGUAUAUGGGUCCUUUGUGCCAUACUCAGUAUGAUCAAAGGUCUCUGUGCUGUAGAGGUGGGGUCCACCUUUCCUAGAAGUGGAGCUACUUAUUUUCUCCUCAAAAGAACACUUGGACCCCAAGUUGCUUUCCUUAGUGUUUGUGUCAAACUUUUUGGUUAUUUUGUAGCACUGAGUGCACAAAGCUUGCUGGUAGCUCAGUAUCUAAUUCAGCCUUUCUAUGCUGGGUGCUCACCUCCAGAACUACCAAAGAAAUGCCUAGCUUUGGCCGUUUUGUGGUCCUUGGGACUUCUGAAUACUCAAGGGGUGAAAACAGUGUCCUGGUUUCAAACUGUCAGUUCUUUGAUGAAGAUGUCUAUCCUCUGUUUCAUUUCCCUAACCGGGAUCGUGCUGUUAGUGACUGGGAAAAAAGAGAAUUUGUACAGGUUUGAGAAUGCUUUGGAUGCUGAACUUCCUGAUGCCUGGCAAAUCGCAGAAGCCAUUCUCCAAGGAUUCUAUCCAUACAUGGGAUGCACACUCCUGAUAAGCAUAGCAGGAGAGGUGAAAAACCCUACCAAGACACUUCCCAGGACUUUCAUAUCGUCUCUGUCCAUCGUGACUGUGAUGUACUUGUUGACUAAUGUAUCCUUCCUGACAGUUUUGACACCAAAGGAAAUCAUCUCUUCAGAUUCUGUUGCUGUCACAUGGAUGGACAGAGUACUCCCUUCCAUGCAAUGGGUCAUUUCACUGGGAAUUUCAGCUUCAAUAAUUGACACCACUUCUUGUGGAAUACUUUCAGGAUCAAGGAUUCUCUAUGCAGCAAGCCAAGAAGGACAAUUGCCACUGGUCUAUUCUAUGCUUAAUGAGCAUCUCUCACCAGCUCCAGCUGUGAUCCAGUUAAUUAUUUUAUCUUCUCUUGCUGUUAUACCAUCAAAUCUGACCCAAUUAAUAAAAUAUAUAGCUUUAGUAUCUUGGGUUUUACAUGGGCUAAGUAUGGUUGCUUUACUUAAAUCAAGGUACCAGAAUCCAGAUCUACCAAGACCCUAUAAGGUUUGGCUGCCAGUGAUACUUGCAUCCAUAGCUUUUUCACUCUUUCUAAUUUUUAUACCAAUCAUUCAGUCUCCUAAAAUGGAGCAUAUUUAUCAACUUGUCUUUAUUUUAACUCCACUUCUAUAUUACCGGCUUCAUGUUCACCUUAGUCAAAGUUCUGUUUUUUCUAAGAAAGUCACUUGUUACUUACAAUUAUUAUUUAAUCUAUCACCUUCAGAUCAUGAAAAUUGUAUUUUGGCAGAAAAAAAUAGGUUGUAACAAAAAUUAGGAAAAUAAGAGACAUUAAAUUGUGAAAUCUAAGUUUCAUGGAUGAAUGAACCCCAAACUAUAUAGAACAGAGUCACACAUGCAUCUAUACAUAUUUGUUAAUAAAAUUCAUAUCAAUAUUGAUGAGUGACUUUCACGGGUAGGUGGUCAUCUCUGAUUAAAGCUUGUCCUUUUGGAAUGAUCUCCUUCACUGAUGCCAAGGGCCUUGCUAUAAAAUCAAUUAUUCAAUCCUGUGAAGUGAACAAUUGUGAAGAAAAGAAAUCUUCCCAAACAUCUGAAUAGAAGCAAUAGCAAGGAUAGGAAAUCCAUGUGUUGGGCAUGGUGGUGCAUGGCUAUAAACCCAGCAUGCAGGAGGCUGAGGCAGAAGGACUACUCUGGGAUUCAACCCAGCCUGGGAUAUAAAGUGAGUUCAAGGCCAACCAGAGCUACAAAUGAAACACUGUGUCAAAAAGAAAAUAAACAAAGGAACAAUAAAUAAAUAAAUGGAGACAAUAUCAGGCAUAUUGGCCAAUGCCUUCAAUCCCAGCACUCCAGAAACUGAGGUAAAAGGAACACUGCAAGCUCAAGAUCAGUCUGGCCUACAAAGUAAGUUCAAGGCUCAUCCAAACUUAAGAGUGAAACCCUGUAUCAGAAAAACUAAAAAAGAAUAACAGGAAAACAAAGUUUAAACAUCCCAUUCUGCAAGCCUUCAGAAGAGAUGACUAGAGCAAAGGCAAAACCUGACAGCAACUUUAAGAAAGAUACUAAAUGUCAAUUGUUUACCCAAAGUACCACUCCUUCUUAAAAUAUUUGUUGUAGAAUAAGAGGACUAUAAAAAUGAUAUCAAAUUACAUAUGCAUAAUAAUAUUCACCCUUUAAAAAAAGAAGGAAAGAGCUGGGAAUUUAGCUCAGUGGCAUAAGCACCUGCCUUGCAAGCAGGCAGUCAUGAGUUCGAUCCCUGGUACCGAUUAAAAAAAAAAGUAGGAAACCCUGCCAUUUUGAGGCAACCUAGAGGAUAUUAUGCUAUAGAAAAUAAAUGAUACAUAAGUAGACUUAGACUUCUUGCUCUCAAUACUAUGUAGACUCUAAAAGAGUGACUUUCCUAGAACCACAUAGUACAGUGGUAUUCAGAUGAUGGAGAGGCAAUAGAAAUGGUUGAUUGAAGGGUAUAAACCUGUACUUAAAAUAUGAAUCAGUUUUGAGUCUUAAAAUAAUUAAUAACAAUAUACUGACUACUUCAUAUAUGACAAUAUGUAUAGAUAUUAACUAUUCUCAUGAUACAUAUAUCAUACAAUUUUGUAAUUUAAAGUAUAGAAUCAAUUUUAUGUGUUGCAUUGUUAAUUUUUAAAUUGGUUGCAAAUAUAUAACAUGAAUAUUGUAGAUAAAUAACAUGAAGUUCAUGUUGUAUGUUUUUAUACUUUUCUGUAUACCAUUCUACCUCCUUAACUAUCUUUCACAAUUUAUUCCAUUAAAACUCUAUUUCAAAAUAGUUUCAUUCCUCAAAUUCUGUGCUUACUAAGAAAAGCAUCCCCUUUUCACUACCCAUCAACCUCUGGAAGUCUCUAAUGAAUUUUCUAUCAUUAGUUACAAGAAACAUGAAAACUAAAGUAAGUAUAAGGUAUAAUUCCCAAUCAUCAGGUAAAUAAAAUUUCAAAUUUGAAAAUAUGAGCUCCUGACAAAGUUGUACAAUAUGGAAUUCCCUAAUAGAAAUAACAAUUUUAAAAUUUUAAUGAAUAAUGGCAAAAGAUUGACAUGACCAGGGGGCUAAUGAGUAAGUCAAUGGAAGAAUUACUGUGCCACGUUAAAACACUAGAAAUGAUCCAACUACAGCAAUACUCAACUUCCCUGGCCCUGAAACAUUGUUCAACCUUUGUUCCUGUUUGGUUCUCAAAAUCACAGAUGAAAUCUAUCAGCAAAUUUGGUAGUUUCUGUUUUUCAAACUAUUUUAAGAGAACAUCACUUCAAAUCUCCAGUUAGCAGUUAAUAUAGGCUGGGCCUAUAAAACUGCCAAGAUGAAAGUCUGGAUUCAGAGUGCAUCAGGAGACAGGAUCCAUCUAUGUGCUUUAUACAAGAAACACUUAAUUCAAAAGGAGGUUCACGGAGUGAAAGUCAAAGAUGAUAGAAGAGCAAUGCUCUAUGUGAGAGGAAGCCAGGAAGAUGUGGUGGUAGCUUGUCCAUCAGCUGCAGAGUGGAUAAGACACAUACGGCAUUUUAUACAAUGGAAAGCUACUCAACAAUAAAGAAAGAUAAACUUGAGGCUGUUGUAGUUAAAUGGAUAAAACUUGAGCUCAUGCUCAGGAGUGAAAUGGCUCUGAAUCACAUGACUAAACAUCCUAUUGUCUCCCUAGUAUAGAAAAUUAAAGGACUUAGUGGGAUUCAAAAGGCACAAUAAAUAUUGUGAAAGUGAAAGGAAAGGAAAUGUCUAAGAAGCAAAGGCAGUGGCCAUUGUUACUGUGUUUUGAAACCCUGUAUUGUUUAGAUUGUUUUGAUUAUUCUCAUUUUAAUCUGGUUUAUUAUAGCUCAUUUUAUUAUAUUUGAUGGCAUGCACAACUAUUUCAAAGAUAAUAAAAUAUAUUUUGUU